GUGAACACAUUCAAGGACCAGAAUGGCUGUUUACUCAACUGUUAAGUUUUAGACGGAAUGAGACGGAAAACCAAAUCUGCAAACGGAGGUAUUCGUCGGGGACGCAUAAUGCAAUUGAUUUUUGUUGGGGAUCAAAAUCGUGAGAAACGUAUAUGUGGGGGACCAAAUGUGCAAUUAAGCCAAAAAUUUAUAUAUCAUAUAAUAAAUUACUAUUCUUGUAAUCUAUUGGUUUUGGAGCAUUCUUGAAUCUUGAUGCCAAAAUCACCAUUUUCCCUUCCAACUCGAAACAUUGCACAGUAUCGUUUAGCAUCAUCUGUGACUGUAACCGCUGCUAAACUCUCUUCUUCUUCUUCUUCCUCGCCAUGUUGUGUAUCCAAACUCAAACCUCUUCUUCUUCAUCACCUCAACAAUCAAAAUCUACAUCAAGCUCGUGCCAUCUUCAACCAAAUUCCUUCCCCUCACGUGACCAUCUCCACCAUCAUGCUACUCGCUUACGCCCGCCACCGUCGUCUCCCGGAGGCCAUUGACCUCUUUCGCCGAAUCCCCGACAAGGAUGUAGUCUCCUGGAACUCCAUUAUCAAGGCCUGUAUUCAAUGUGGUGAUUUCCGGACCGCCCGGAACCUGUUCGACGAAAUGCCCAGCAGAACUGCCGUGUCGUGGACCACCCUCAUUGACGGCCUCUUGCGAUUUGGAAAGGUUGAGGAUGCUGAGGCAUUGUUCUGGGAAAUGCCCAUUGAGGUCAGGGAUGUGCCGGCGUGGAAUGCGAUGGUUCAUGGGUACUUUGCCAAUGGCAGAGUUGAUGAUGCGCUGCGGUUGUUUGAUCAAAUGCCUUCGCGUGACGUGAUUUCUUGGACUUCCAUUAUUGCUGGGCUUGAUCAUAAUGGAAGGAGUGAACAAGCGUUGGUGUUUUUUCAGAGCAUGGUGGCUUCUGGGGUCAACCCCUCUUCCACCACAUUGGUUUGUGGGUUGUCUGCUGCUGCAAAGAUUUCAGCUUUGCAUCUGGGUCUUCAAAUUCACUGUUCUAUGUUCAAAUUAGGUAGUUGUUGUUUGGAUGAGUUUGUGUCUGCUUCGCUUGUCACGUUUUAUGCUAGCUGCAAACGAAUGGAGAGUGCUUUGGAGGUUUUUUAUGAGACAGUGAGUAAGAAUGUGGUGGUGUGGACAGCUCUUGUUACAGGUUAUGGUUUGAAUAAUAAGCCUGAAGAAGCAUUGAGGGUCUUUGAAGACAUGAUGAGAGUCAGUGUGGUACCAAAUGAGUCUUCUUACACCAGUGCUUUGAAUUCAUGUUGUGGAUUGGGGGAUCUUGAGAGGGGGAGAGUGAUCCAUGCUGCAGCAAUGAAGAUGGGUCUGGAAAAUGGUGUAUAUGUGGGAAAUUCUCUUGUUGUCAUGUAUAGUAAAUGCGGUUAUAUUGGUGAUGCCAUCUAUGUGUUUGAGGGAAUUCGUGAGAGAAACAUUGUCUCGUGGAACUCGGUUAUCGGUGGUUGUGCCCAGCACGGAUAUGGCAUGUGUGCUUUGGCAAUCUUUAACCAGAUGCUACGUGAUGGAAGGGUUGAUCCAGAUGAAAUUACAUUAACAGGUUUACUUUCUGCUUGUAGUCGUUCCGGGAUGUUACAGAAAGCAAGGCGUUUUUUCAGAUACUUUGGGCAGAAAAGAUCUAUUACACUGACAAUUGAGCACUAUGCAUGUAUGGUGGAUGUACUCGGCCGGUGCGCAGAGCUGGAAGAAGCAGAAGCACUGGUGAUGAGCAUGCCCGUGAAAGCGAAUUCAAUGGUUUGGCUGGUUUUGCUGAGUGCAUGCAAGGUGCAUUCUAAUUUAGACAUAGCCGAAAGAGCUGCAAAACAGAUAUUUGAAAUGGAGCCAGAUUGUAGUGCUGCAUAUGUGUUGCUAUCAAACUUGUAUGCAUCUUCCAGAAGAUGGUCUGAAGUUGCUUUGAUAAGGAAAAGAAUGAAGCAUAAUGGAGUUGUAAAACAACCAGGUUCCAGUUGGGUAACCUUAAAAGGAACAAGGCAUGAGUUUCUCUCUGCAGAUAGGUCACAUCCUCUUGCUGAGCAAAUUUAUCAGAAGCUAGAUUGGUUAGGUGUGAAGUUAAAGGAAUUAGGCUAUGUUCCUGAUCAACAAUUCGCUUUGCACGAUGUUGAAAUUGAGCAAAAAGAAGAAAUGCUGUCUUACCAUAGUGAAAGGCUUGCAAUUGCAUUUGGGUUGAUUAGCACUGUAGAAGGUAGUACCAUAACAGUGAUGAAAAAUCUGCGUGUAUGUGGUGAUUGUCAUAAUGCAAUAAAGCUUAUGGCAAAGAUUGUUGACCGUGAGAUAAUAGUAAGAGAUUCUAGCCGCUUUCAUCACUUUAAGAAUGGUGUAUGUUCUUGUGGGGAUUAUUGGUAGAA